AUGCAUCUGGAGACGCAGGACGCGCUGUACGUGGCUCUGGAGCUGGUCAUCGCCGCGCUGUCGGUGGCGGGCAACGUGCUGGUGUGCGCCGCUGUGGGCACGUCGAGAGAGCUGCAGACGCCCACCAACUACUUCCUGGUGUCCCUGGCGGCGGCCGACGUGGCCGUGGGGCUCUUCGCCAUCCCCUUCGCCGUCACCAUCAGCCUGGGCUUCUGCACGGACUUCCACAGCUGCCUGUUCCUCGCCUGCUUCGUGCUGGUGCUCACGCAGAGCUCCAUCUUCAGCCUCCUGGCGGUGGCCGUCGACAGGUACCUGGCCAUCCUCGUCCCGCUCAGGUAUAAAAGUUUGGUCACCGGGACCCGAGCAAGAGGUGUCAUUGCUGUCCUUUGGGUGCUUGCUUUCAGCAUUGGAUUAACUCCAUUCCUGGGGUGGAACAGUAAAGAUAAAGCCACCAACAACUGCACAGAGACCUGGCAUGGGACCACAAAUGGAAGCUGCUGCCCUGUGAAGUGUCUCUUUGAGAAUGUGGUCCCCAUGAGCUACAUGGUGUAUUUCAAUUUCUUUGGCUGUGUCCUGCCCCCACUGCUCAUAAUGCUGGUAAUCUACAUGAAGAUCUUCAUGGUGGCCUGCAGGCAGCUUCAGCGCAUAGAGCUGAUGGACCACUCAAGAACCACUCUUCAGCGAGAGCUCCAUGCAGCCAAGUCCCUGGCUAUGAUUGUGGGUAUAUUUGCUCUGUGCUGGCUACCAGUACAUGCCAUAAACUGCGUCACUCUUUUCCAGCCAGCUCUGGCUAAGGACAAGCCCAAGUGGGCAAUGAAUGUAGCCAUUCUCCUGUCACAUGCUAAUUCAGUUGUCAAUCCUAUUGUGUAUGCCUACCGGAACCGAGACUUCCGCUGUACUUUUCACAAAAUCAUCUCCAGGUACGUUCUCUGCCAGACAGAUUCCAAGAGUGGGAGUGGGCAAGCCAGGGCACAGCCUGCUCUCCGUGUGGGUUUAUAACCUAGGCUCCAGCCUCUUGGAGGAGAAGACACAAACGAGAUGGAACAUGAUUGACUGAUUCUCACUGUGAAAGACAGUCACACCUCACAGCGUAUGAGCUGCCUCUUCUGAGCACUUGCCUGGAGUUACACAUAUCUAGCUAAUAGAAACACAUGAUUACGUAUGCUCCAGGGAUUACCAAACAUUUAUGGUUCUGUUUGGCUAUUUGUUUUGAGUGAGUGAUGCCAACGGCUUGAAUGGAUUCUAAAAGAUUGUUUUAUUUAAAGAGUCUGCCUCAUUCAUGGUAGGACAUGACUGAAACUUAUUUUACUGUGAAACACUGUGAACAAUUAUAAUGCAAGUAUUUUUUAAUUUAUAGCAAUGGAAAAAUAAAAGCUGGCAGCAGUAAUGUAUACUUAUUCCCAAGAUAAUGGCCAAGAAAACUAAAAGUACAAUUCUUCAACUGUAUUCAUUUAGGGGAUAAGACUUUUCUAAAAUUUUAAGUAGAAUUACCAUCAGAAAACAAUUGUAAGCUCCAUAAUUUUCUAUUUAUAAAACACUAGAGGAAGAAACGAGACAAAAGGAACCCAUCUUCUACUGGAUUACCCCUUCCCAGGUAUAGGGUUUUGGUUGUCUCCCAAGUUUCAAGUUUGUUGGAACCAAAAGUAUGAACAUUUUAAUAAGCAAAAUUAUAUAAUUGUGUAUGUAUAUUCAAUGAAAUAAAAAUAAAACUUUCUAAAAAGCAA